GUGUAACUGGACAGGGAUUAUUAAUUAACGUAACAAGUUAGAUACAAUAUGCAAGCGACGAGGGCAGGCGUGGCACAUUGCGCAAAUCUCGGUAAUCGCGCUUCGUUGGCUGUUCCCAACAGACUUCCGCUACCUUCUACCAACGGCAGGGGAGCCCGGAGGGCAUCCGUGAUGGCUGCCGCUGCUGCCAAGACCCUGACAGCCGACGUGCAAACCUUUGCAACAGCUCUCACUGAGCUCCAGAAGUCCCCCGCCCCGCACUACAUCCUCUUCAACGCCGACCCCGACCCCCACACCGGACAGCCCUGGUGUCCCGACUGCGUGAGGGCAGUGCCGCCCAUCCGGGCAGCAGCCGCGCGCAGCUCCGGAACCCUGCUGGAGGUGACGGUGGGGCCGCGGUCGGCGUGGAAGGGCAACGCCAGCCACCCCUUCAGGGUGGCUCCGGAGCUCAAGCUGACGGGCAUUCCCACGCUGCUGGCAUGGAGUCCUGCAGGUGGUGCGACACGGCGGCUGGGUUCGGAGCUGGAGGCGUGCGGGUCGGCAGCGGAGGUGGAGCAGCUGCUGGCCAGGAGCGGCUUCUUUAGCUCUUAAGGAGGAUGUGAGGUGUUGAGGGCUCGUGGAGGUUGCAGGGUUGCAGGUUAAGAAAAUUGGCCGCAAGUAGGAACGAAAAGUGAGGGUAAAAGCGGAGCAGAAAGAGGGUGCAAAGUGGCUUUGGCAGUGCAUAAGGGCGGUAAGAGUUUGACCCAGAAGAGUAAAUGGACAAGGAGAUCGCAAGGGGUUCUGUUCAUCAACUGGAUCACAUAACCGUGAUCCAAGGUUUGCAAGGGGGUUGUGUGGACCCAGCUGCGUGUACCUGAUGGUAGGGGCAGGUUAGGACUGAAGAGGCCAGCCCUGAAGUGAAUAUGCUCUAAGGAAAUGGGCUACAAUGUUGCCAAUACCCUUGGUGUAGGGCUGACAUCUGAAACCCCAGGAUUAUCAAUUUAUACUCUUUAUGUCCACGAAGAAGCAGGAGACGCUCAAAGGGUAUUCGGCCAUCGUUAGGCUUCUGCAACAAUUUGCCAG